CGCAGGGAAUAUGGCGCCCAAUAUGUCUAACGAAAGGAAGGUGCCGAUCCGCCGUGGGGAAGUGGCUUAAGGAGAGCCGCCAAGCCUCGCUCAUCUCCGUGGAGUUGCGGACGUGGAGACGUCUCUCGCAGGCCGCCUGCUCGAGAGGAAACAUCUCUGCGACUUUCUCCUGGAGGGUUUAAACGCCGCUGUUUUCAGAAGACGCCUGUGACUUCCCGGAAUAUCGCUCGCUUUUCUCAGUGGUUCUCAUUAAGAGCCGCCGUUUCCCCUCCGAACAAGCUUCCUUGCCUGUCGGAGGUCCCUGCCGCCUCUCCUUCUCCGGUGCAGCUGGAGCCCCAUUGCGUUGGCCUCCUUUUCCUCUCACCAGCCUAACUUGCUGUGAAUUGAUAUCUCCAAACUUGCUUUGAACCCCUCAGGAAAAUGUCCGGGCGACCUUAAGAAGCCUUUUGAGAAGACCUGGCAGCUGGACGUACCCUUUACUUAAGUCAGAUGUUCCCUUGGUGAUUAAAUCCAAAUGGUUGCUAAGGAUCAAAAGAUUAUAAUAGAAAGUCCCCACACAAUAAGUCUGGAAAUAUUGUAAGAUUACCUGGAAGUGAUUCCGACCGGAUUUGUAGUUGGAACAUAUUCAGCUAUGAAGAUUACUUUAAUGUCCUUUUCUCCAGAUGUGAAUAGCGCUAACAAUUCAGCCUAAAAAUAUUUGGUGAUACGAUACAACUUGCUGUUAUAAAGAGGAGAAGCCUUUGCACUGCAUAACUAAAUGGCUGUAGAAAAUGUUUUAACAGUUUGAUUUGGAUGCUAAGAGCUGCUACUUAUAAGAUAAAUAUUUUAAAUACAACAAUAUAAAUCUGCCGUUCUGUAACUACCAGAGGAAAUUUUUUAAAGAAGAAAUGGUUCCUUGCUUUGUUACAUAUAAUUACAUCACAUUAUAAUCUUGAAUAUGAGGUGUAAAUAUCCGAGUCUUAGGAAUCAGUGUUACUAAGUUUCUGGUUUAAAUAAUUCCUUAAGUUGAUCAUACACAUUUUUUACAUUUAUUUUUCUAUUUUUAAAUGGGUAAUAGUGCCUCUGGAUGUUUCUUCAGGUUGUUUUAAGAUUCACUGUCAAAAAUGCUUUCUUACAAAAAACUUGUCAAAAAAGGAAGAAUUGAAAGUACUUUUGUAAAGACUGCUAAAGAGGAUGAUGAUAUGUGUUUGAUUUUCACCAAAAUUUAGUACUUCAUCAUGAACAGAAAGAAAGGAGACAAAGGGUUUGAGAGCCCAAGACCUUAUAAAUUAACCCAUCAGGUGAUUUGCAUCAACAGCAUAAAUUUUCAGAGAAAAUCUGUUGUUGGCUAUGUGGAGCUGACAAUAUUUCCAACAGUUGCAAACUUGAAUAGAAUUAAGCUGAACAGUAAGCAAUGCAGGAUAUAUAGAGUUAGAGUCAAUGAUUUGGAAGCAGCUUUUAUUUAUAAUGACCCAACACUGGAAGUUUGUCACAGUGAGUCAAAACAGCGAAAUCUCAACUACUUUUCCAAUGCCUAUGCUGCUGCAGUCAGUGCUGUGGAUCCAGAUGCUGGAAAUGGAGAGUUGUGUAUUAAGGUGCCAUCAGAGCUUUGGAAGCAUGCUGAUGGUACAGUACAAGAAUUAAAAGUGUUAAAGAUACACAUCAACUUUUCUUUGGAUCAACCAAAAGGAGGUUUACAUUUUGUGGUACCUAAUGUGGAAGGCAGCUUGGCGGAAAGAGGCGCCCACGUUUUCUCUUGUGGUUAUCAAAACUCUACAAGGUUCUGGUUUCCUUGUGUUGAUUCAUAUUCAGAACUCUGCACAUGGAAACUGGAAUAUACUGUCGACGCCACAAUGGUGGCAGUCUCAAACGGUGAUUUAGUGGAAACUGUGUACACUCACGAUAUGAGAAAGAAGACUUUCCAUUAUAUGCUGCCAAUACCCACUGCUGCAUCUAACAUCUCCUUGGCUAUUGGACCAUUUGAAAUUCUUGUCGAUCCAUACAUGCACGAGGUCACCCAUUUUUGUUUACCCCAACUUCUUCCCCUGCUCAAACAUACUACAUCAUAUCUCCAUGAAGUAUUUGAAUUCUAUGAAGAGAUACUUACUUGUCGUUACCCUUACUCCUGCUUCAAAACAGUUUUUGUAGAUGAGGCCUAUGUUGAAGUAGCUGCUUAUGCUUCUAUGAGCAUCUUUAGCACGAACCUUUUGCACAGUGCCAUGAUAAUAGAUGAGACUCCUCUAACCAGGAGGUGCUUGGCUGAAGCCCUAGCCCAGCAGUUCUUCGGCUGCUUUAUAUCUAGAAUGUCUUGGUCAGAUGAGUGGGUAUUAAAGGGAAUCUCUGGUUAUAUUUAUGGUCUUUGGAUGAAGAAAACCUUUGGUGUUAAUGAAUAUCGUCACUGGAUUAAGGAGGAACUAGACAAAAUAGUGGCGUAUGAAUUAAAGACCGGUGGCGUCUUACUGCAUCCAAUCUUUGGUGGAGGGAAAGAAAAGGAUAACCCUGCAUCCCAUUUACACUUUUCUAUAAAACAUCCUCACACAUUAUCUUGGGAAUAUUAUACCAUGUUUCAAUGCAAGGCCCACCUAGUUAUGAGACUGAUAGAAAAUAGAAUAAGCAUGGAGUUUAUGUUACAAGUUUUUAACAAAUUGCUGAGUCUUGCUAGCACCGCUUCUUCCCAGAAGUUCCAGUCUCAUAUGUGGAGUCAAAUGCUGGUGUCUACAUCUGGGUUUUUGAAAUCCAUUUCCAAUGUGUCUGGCAAAGACAUUCAACCUUUAAUUAAGCAGUGGGUAGAUCAAAACAGUGUGGUCAAAUUUUAUGGCAGUUUUGCAUUUAAUCGAAAACGAAAUGUACUCGAAUUAGAAAUAAAGCAAGACUAUACCUCUCCUGGGACACAGAAAUAUGUGGGUCCCCUCAAAGUGACAGUGCAGGAGCUUGAUGGGUCUUUCAACCACACGCUUCAAAUAGAAGAAAACAGCCUCAAACAUGAUAUACCCUGUCAUUCAAAGAGCAGACGCAAUAAGAAGAAAAAAAUUCCUUUGAUGAAUGGAGAGGAAGUGGACAUGGAUCUUUCCGCCAUGGAUGCUGAUUCCCCUUUACUAUGGAUAAGAAUAGAUCCAGAUAUGUCCGUUUUGAGGAAGGUAGAAUUUGAACAGACGGACUUCAUGUGGCAAUACCAACUCCGCUACGAGAGAGACGUGGUUGCGCAAGAGGAAUCCAUUUUGGCUCUUCAGAAGUUCCCCACGCCGGCAUCCCGGCUUGCGCUGACCGAUAUUCUCGAACAAGAGCAAUGCUUCUACCGAGUGAGGAUAAUGGCCUGCUUCUGUCUUGCAAAGAUUGCAAAUUUCAUGGUGAGUACAUGGACAGGACCACCAGCCAUGAAGUCUCUCUUCACUCGAAUGUUCUGUUGUAAAAGUUGUCCAAAUAUUGUGAAAACCAAUAACUUCAUGAACUUUCAGAGCUACUUUCUGCAAAAGACAAUGCCAGUUGCAAUGGCCUUGCUGAGAGAUGUUCACAAUCUGUGUCCUAAAGAGGUUUUAAUGUUCAUUUUAGACCUGAUCAAGUACAAUGACAACAGAAAAAACAAGGUUUUUUCAGACAACUAUUAUCGUGCGGAACUGAUUGAUGCGUUAGCAAACUCUGUAACUCCUGCAGUCAGCGUGAACAAUGAAGCCCGGACUUUGGACAAUUUAAAUCCUGAUGUGCGCCUUAUUCUUGAGGAGAUCACCCGAUUCUUAAACAUGGAAAAACUGCUACCCAGUUACAGACACACAAUUACAGUCAGCUGUUUAAAUGCAAUUCGGAUCCUGCAGAAAAACGGACAUGUUCCAAGCGAUCCUGCUGUCUUUAAAUCUUAUGCAGAAUAUGGCCAUUUUGUAGAUAUUCGAAUAGCAGCUUUGGAAGCGGUUGUUGACUAUACAAAAGUUGACCGAAGUUAUGAGGAAUUGCAGUGGCUGCUAAACAUGGUCCAGAAUGAUCCAGUGCCCUAUGUCAGACAUAAAAUAUUAAACAUGUUGACAAAGAAUCCACCAUUUACCAAGAACAUGGAAUCUCCUUUAUGCAAUGAAGCUUUGGUCGAUCAACUCUGGAAACUUAUGAAUUCAGGUACAUGCCAUGACUGGAGGCUGCGCUGUGGUGCUGUCGACCUGUACUUCACCCUGUUUGGUCUUAGCAGGCCUUCCUGUUUGCCUCUGCCAGAGCUAGGCUUGGUCCUUAACCUCAAAGAAAAGAAAGCUGUGCUGAACCCGACGAUAAUCCCUGAGCCUGGAGCAAAUGGCCCGGAACCUCCUAACAAUCCAAACUCUCUGGGUCAAAUAGUUGGCUUCCAAAGCACAGAAGAUGAUCACCUUAUUAAGGAAACAUCAAUCCUUCCCCUUCCACAUCAGCAGGGGUUGAAGAGGAAAGCUGAUACACCUCUUGGGUCUCCACUGGAACCUGGACAGAUACUUGAGAAGACCGAAGACAGCAAAGUCAAGCUCAAAAUAAGGUUUUCAAAUUCCCAAGAAGAAGAAGAGAUUGAUAUGGACACGGUUCAUGACAGUCAAGCUUUUAUCUACCAUCAUUUGAAUAUGCUGGAAAGACCAUCAACACCAGGUAAAGAACAGUCUUCCUUGGAGGCAAACAUGUUGCCAACGCCUCUGCCUUCUCUAGCUGGUUUUGCUAAAGAGUCCAGCUCUUCCAGGCAUGGUGAGCACCAUCACCACCACCACCAUGAACACAAGAAGAAGAAGAAGAAGCACAAGCAUAAGCAUAAGCACAAGCACAAGCAUGACAACAAGGAGAAGGAGAAGGAGCCCUUCACUUUCUCCAACAGCCCAGCCAGUGGGCGGUCCAUUCACUCGCCCUCCUUGUCAGACUGAGGCAAAAGAUCCUGGGAUGGGGAGAGCCUUGGUGGGUCAUCAUGAUCAAAACCAAGAUGCCACAGGAGUCCAGGACUUAGACAAGAUCCCAAGUUGCUCUUCUGUUGGUCAGAGGCGUAGUGAUCACACUCAUACCGGGGAGGAAAGAAAUGAAGGUUUAGGAAUAUUUCAAAACGUUCCUCCAGCUGCCUGCCUUAUAUUCUCAUUAAUACCUGUGUGUGUUGAACCUCAAAUGGCUGCCAUGAUGUGAAGUAAGAAUUAAAGGGAAGCCUGAUGCCCAACCUUCUCAAAAAGCUCCUAAUGCUUGGUACAACGUUGUAGAACAUAAUUUGAGCUUCCUGAAACUUUUAUAGAAAUUUUUAUUUUUAUUUUAUUUUCUUUAUAUUCCUUAAUUGUUUCAACUGUCCCACCACUUUUAAAUUCUUUGAAUGGUUGCUUGCUCAAAAGAUUUCUGUUUUUAAUGUUGAGCCUUUUUUU